GUGCCGGGAGGAUGGCGGCGGACUGGUGGCAGAUCACUUUGGUAGUUCUUAUCGCUGGCUUUGUGAAUCCCUGGGAGCUGUCAGCGUUACACUGCAGCUUUUAUAACUUCUGUGAGUGCGGCUUCCGGCCCAACCUGAACGCUCUGGAAUGUGAACUUGCUCGCAGUGUGUUUGGGCAGCACCUAGCCUGUGAUCUAGUGGUUAAAGCUGUGAAACGGUUCGUAGAAACAGAUUCGCCAACUAAACCUUUAGUGUUAUCGUUCCAUGGCUGGACUGGAUCUGGAAAAACCUUUCUUAGCUCUCUCUUGGUCAAACAUCUCUACAAAGACGGGACCCGGAAUCCUCAUGUGCAUUACUUCUCCCCGAUCCUACACUUUGCUCAUGCGCAGAACGUAGAGCAGUAUAAGGAAGACCUAAGGCAAUGGAUACAAGGAAACCUAACACAGUGCAGUCGCUCAGUUUUUGUCUUCGAGGAAAUGGAUAAGAUGCACCCAGGCAUAAUUGAUGUCCUUGUCCCUUUUCUAGGGCCAUCCUGGGUGGUGUAUGGAACAAACUACAGAAAAGCUAUAUUUAUCUUCAUCAGUAAUGCUGGUGGGGACGUCAUUAAUCAGGUAGCACUGGAUUUUUGGAGGGAUCGCAAAGACAGGGAAGAGAUCCAACUCCGUGAUCUAGAAUCUGCAAUUUCCAUUGCUGUGAUGUCCACUCCGGAACAUGGUUUCUGGAAGUCACAGAUUAUGAAUCAGAGCCUUAUUGAUGUGAUUGUGCCUUUUUUACCUCUGCGUCCAAGUCACAUCCGGCAGUGCAUACAGAAAGAGGUAGAGCAGCAAGAAUUGGUGUAUGAAGAGGACACCGUUCAAUCUAUACUGAACAAUCUUGUUUAUUUCCCUGAGGAUGAAAAGGCUUUCUCUUCCACUGGCUGCAAAACUGUGUCCUCUCGCGUCAGUUACUUUCUUUGACACACUGUUCUAAUUCCACUUGAAAUCGGCGCAUGUACUGUUAAUGAAUCAUCUUACAAUCUGCAACCUUUCUCCCUCCUUGAAUGGGUUGGAGAAUUUUAUCAAUAUUUCGCUUGAAUCAGUGAGCAAUUAUAUGUGGAUUUUGUAUCUA